UCAACAAGUAGUUGAAAUGAUUCGCAUAGAAAAAUAUGUCGCGCAUCGCAAUUUUGUUUUCGCAAUAUGUGCUCUUUUACACUUUGAAUUCGUAAUCGAAGUGCAAGCCGCCCAGGUACUGUGCAACGACAACGGAUUCGUGGACUCGUUGUUGGAAAAAAUAGCUCUAGCAUUGUCGGACAAAGAGCCUGGUGUGCUACCACUUCAGAAUGUAACCGGACCACUGGAUAUAGAAGUUCUUGGAGGGGACUUUGAGUUGAUCAAUGGAAAAUUUAGUGAUCUGAAUAAUUUACGUCGUGUGAAAAAUGUGAAAUGUGUCUCGGAGCAACCCCUGACAGCAUUCUCCCUGACGACGGUAAAAUUUAGUCUGGAAUUCACGGUAGCGAUUCCUCACGCCAAAAUAAACUACGAAAAAAUCAGGGUAACGACUCCCAUAUUCGAGUUCAUUGGAAAGGAUAUUCAACUCGAAGUGCAGCACUUUGUUUUGCACAUGGUCAUAGAUUCGAAUCACAAAGGCAUGGGUAGCACAUCGCUACGCGAGAUGCAUUGCCGUUUUUCGCCCAAAACCGUGGUGACGAUCAGCUCCUUGCCCGAUAUCUGUUUAGGGAAGAUAAUAAAAUCUAGAUUGGUUGAACGACUGCCAAAAAUAAUCGAGGAUGACUUCAAGGCUGCUUUUGCCAAAUUGGAGAAUCCAUGAGCAUCGAAUCACUUUUGUAAUGACUAAAAUUGUUAAAAAAUAAAAUUUUAAAUGAGUGAAAUACUCACUAUAUAGUUUAAUAACAUAACACAGUUCUAAAUUAAACAGAUAUUGAUUGCUUUGCAAACGAUUAUGAAACUAUCAUCAACUUAAAAUAAUUUACAACUAGAAUUUAAUGUCCGAUUAAUAUGACUUUCUGUAUUUAAUACAUUUAAAUCAGCAAGCAAUUUGAUUUAGAUCAUUCAAACAUAUAAAACCAAUUACAUAAUAUUUCAAUGAAAACGCGUGGUUGAACUAGACGCUUGUAAUUGCUUGAUAA